CUUUGAAUAUAACUUAAAUUAAUAAACGUACACAAUAUUAUAAAAAUAAGUAAUGGGUGCUGUAGCUUAUGUUGUGGAAGACUUUCUAGGCAUUGUUCAACUCUUUAGCGACGGUUCUAUUAAGCGUAGUCACGAAAACAUCGACUUCACUCCUUUCCCCGUUCAAGACGACGGUUCUGUCGACUGGAAAGACUAUUCCUAUGAUAACCACCAUGACCUCCGCCUCCGUAUCUACAAACCCAAGUCCACCACCACCUCCAAACUUCCGGUCAUAUAUUUCCUUCACGGCGGUGGAUUCUGUGUUGGGUCAUUUGCAUGGCCAAAUUUCCACAACUGUUGUCUUCGUCUAUCGUCCGGCCUUCAUGCCAUUGUGGUGGCGCCUGACUAUCGUCUUGCACCGGAACAUAGACUUCCGGCAGCCUUGGAAGACAGCUAUGGUGCUCUGAAGUGGAUACAAACGAUGGCUACUAAAGACGGUGGUCAUGGAGAAACGUUUGACCGUUUUGACUUUGAUAGGUUUUUCGUGACCGGCGACUCUUCUGGUGGGAAUAUAGCACACUACUUGGCGGUUCGGCUGGGACCCGGAUCGCCGGAGCUGUCACCGGUGAAGAUACGAGGGUAUGUGAUGCUGGCGCCGUUUUUUGGUGGGACGGAGAGGACCAAGUCGGAGGUGGAAGGGUCGUUGACGGAAAAGUUUUUAACGUUGGAGCUUCUUGACAUGUUUUGGAGAAUGUCAUUACCGGUGGGAAAAACAGCAGAUCAUUCCUUUGCAAAUCCAUUUGGACCUAACAGCCCGAGUCUUGAACUAGUCAAGCUUGACCCAAUACUCAUAAUGGUUGGAGGAAACGAAAUCAUGAAAGACAGAGUGAAAGUAUAUGCAGACCGGUUAAAGAAGCUUGGAAAGAUAGCAAGUUACGUUGAGUUCGAAGGAAAACAACAUGGGUUCUUCAGUAAUGAGCCUUAUUCGGAUGUUUCAGAGUCGGUUUUGAAUUUAAUCAAGGAUUUCGUGUCUCAACAAUCCAGCAAUUAACCUAUUCAGACCUGCUUAACCUUUUAAUUAUAUUCCGAGCUAGUACGUAGUGAUCGAGUCAAACAUUAGUUUGACAUUCGAGCUAGAAGUUAAAUUGUUUUUGGUAUUGAGUGAGAUCGAGCUAGAAGUUAAAUUGUUUAAUGUAUGAAAGCAUCAAAUUAAAACAUGUACAAUUAAUAGGAUUUUGAUUUUUGAAUGAUUAUUAUGUAAUGAUUCAUGCUUUCUA